CACCCAGUCCCGUGCCGGUCCCGGUCCCGGUCCUGGUCCCGGGGCAGCGGAGCGGAGCGGCCGGGCGCGUCUGGAGCGCUGUCUCUUGUCCCUCGCUCUCGCUCUCUCGCCCUCUCUCCGUGGCCUCUCUCUGUCUCCGGUCUCGAAUGAUCUGCUGCUGCUGCUGCUGCUCUGGGCUGAGAGACGAGUGAGCAGGCGGACGACGAGGAGGAGGGAGCAGCAGGCGGAGGCAAGAAAGAGCGAAGAUCCGCGGAGACUAGACGACUUGGGGCGACGAGAAUAGUGGUAAAUGUCGUGCGCAGCUCGCACGGAUCGGAGGAUUUGAAUCCGGAUUCGGUAUGAGCCCGUGCCGCAGCGCAGAACAAGGUGCGGUUUGGAUCGGGAGGGAGGGAGGACGGACGAGACGUGACGGGAGGAUGAGCGAGGGCUAGGAGGUCGGAGGGACUCGAAGAAUUGGUGCCGUUCCUGUUGCUGCAUUUGCCGGGAGCUAAUUGAGCAGUGACGAGGGGGUGUUUGAGGCGCAAUUGGUGGAUGCGAGGCGGUUGACUGAGUGAGUGACUGGAGGCCCGAGGACCCGUGAGGGAACAGGAGUUCGGUGUAGAAUGGUGGAGAAGGGAGCAGGGCUGCGGGACCGUACAGGUGGCGGAGGAGGAGGAGGAGGCGGUGGAGUCGGGCAGCAGAGUUGAACAAGGUACGGUUUGAAGUGGGGGAGAAUUAGAGCUGGUUUCGGUUGUUUGCAGAAUGUAGCUCAUCAGUGUUUGUGACCUUGCGAUGGAAGUUGAUUUGCAAUGUGCGUGAUCUGCAUUCGUCCGUUCGUAGUGGACACUUUGUCCUCGGCGCUGUUUUCGUCGAAGCCGAUGAGUAUAAUGUCCGCUCGCCGGGAAUGUGUCGCCGAGAGAGCUGACUGAGGAGAUUCCCCGCCUUCUGAACAGCUCGUGUUUUCAGAGAGCAUAGGAUCACAGCAGCCUCGGGACGAGGCUAGCCUACUGUAGGAGAGACAAGGAUGAUAGACGGUUGGUACUUGCGCAGUAUGACAUCAUUCCAGUCGUUCGCGAAAUUAUCAACCCCGACAUUUCUGACUUAGAGCGUGGGCUGCAAUGCCGAUAUCAUUGAGGAGUAGACCGGUGACAGCGAGAUUCUUGCCCGUCAUGAGUAUCGAUGUGAAGGGACGAGUGUGAAGUGCUUACUGUGAGUGGAUCGAUAUGGAGCCGAUCGUUUUUGGCUUCAUCGGAGCGGCUUCCGUCAUCGUGGUUGCCCUGCUCGUGCUGAUAUUUUUCCAGCUCUUUCUGCUUUUCCGGCACAAGAAUAAGGAGCCGAUUCUUCCCUUAGUCCAUCCGAAGGGAAAAGAAUCGUCAUCUUCUUUCAGAUUCAAGGCUCAAGAUCGAGGUCGCGUGUUCUCUUUCAAAGAAGCGGAAGAAGUCAGCGAAGGCUUCAGUAAUCAUAUCGGCGACGGAACCACUUACCUUGUCUUCAAAGGCAUACUGCCGGAUGGCACCGAAGUUGCCAUCAAACGCAUGAGAGGCAAUCUAGUCUCCGUUAGCAGUGAAGAAACCAAAUUUCAGCUGCAGGUAGAUUUGCUUUACCGGGUUCAUCAUCAGCACAUUAUCAAUCUUAUCGGAUACUGUGAUGAGAGUCCUCACCGGAUGCUUUUCUGUCAGUAUGCUCCGAAUGGCUCCCUCUUCGAAAUGCUCCAUGGUGAUGAGAUUCAAGACGAAAUGCUCACCUGGAAACAAAGAACGAGAAUUGUUAUGGGAAUAGCUUACGGACUCACAUAUUUACAUCAUUCUUGCAACCCUCCAAUUAUCCAUGGAGAGCUGACAUCAGUCAAUAUAAUGUUAACCGAAGAUUUUGCCGCCAAGAUAAAUGGCUUGGGCAAGGUUCCUCUAUUACGAUCCAGUUCCGAUUUUCAGUCUGGAAGAUUAUCAACCAAUGGGGAUCCCUACUACGAUAACCCCCCGACCGACCAGAGGAGUCUGUACAGUCGGGCUAGCGACGUUUACUCAUUUGGAGUGCUGUUAUUAGAACUCUUGACAGGAAAGGUAGCUUACAGUGACGAGCUCGGCCCACUUGCAGAAUGGGCAAAUCCAUACUUAGUAGAUAAGGGGAACAUGCCCGGCAUGAUGGACUGCAAUCUCAAGAAUGUAAAUAUCUUGGAAUUUUGUGCCGUAAGUGAAGUUGCACGUCUCUGUACACAAAGCGACAGCCCCUCCCGACCUUUAAUGAGUGAGGUCUUGGAUAUGUUACACCAAAUUAUUAACAUAUCUGUAGAAGUAGCCGCCCCAAUCAGCAGCCCAGUCACUUUGAGAGGACUUAUGGCUGCGUUUACAUGACAAAGCAGACACUCCCAUUCUUUAUCACUGAACAGCCUAGAACUAGGUUUGGAUUUACAAAGCAUUCGUAGGCGAAGGCAAAUGCUUUGGUCAUUCAUUACAUGGUAGUCUCUUGUAUAGUCUCCCAUCAUCGCGCAUCAAAUGUUUCUUCUUCUAAUUGAGGGCGGGCACACCUCUGCUUUCUCUGGAAAGAUAAGGUCACCUCGUUGUUACAUAAAGUAAUGUUCUUCACAAUGGAUCUCGACCAAGCAUAGAGUUCGACUACGUCUUCUUUAAGUAAUUUCUAAGAAUUGAUGUUGUAGCAGUGCUAAUCGGUGGACGGUUCCGUCCUCACUCUCUGAACCUGUGUGGAAUUUAAGUUGUGCACAUCAAAUCAGAUAAAUUUUAGCGGCAAGUUUUGGGAAAGCACACUAGCUUAUCUCAGAUGCUACAAGGUUCUUUGAAUUUGAAGUUCUUCCUUUACCUUCUAUUCACCUUCAUUAGUUUUAACUGUGACAGUGCAAACUAGAUUCACUUCCAUCAAGGAACAUUGGAUACUCGUCUACCAACGUUAUCAACGCUAUCUGAUGAGUUAUUCCUUCCAUAGCCACGAUGGAGAGAACAGAGAUGGCCAAGCCAAGUAACAUUGCCAUACCUUGAGCACGUCUUAAGGGCCCACGUUAGCUUUGUUUUGUGAAGAAAAGUCUGUAGUAUGUGCAGACAAGGGUUACCAGAUUCCGUUUAUCAUUUAAUUUUCUCCACAGUCCUGUCUAUAUAAUAUUACUGGAAACUCGAGUUGUCUUUUUCUUGGAGUGAAAUACGAACAUAGAUUGGAAUAUAAGAUAUGACGGGAGUUAGAAAGCA